AGUGUUGUUGUCUGUCGCUGCUGGGGACAGACAGAGCUGCCAAGGACGUCCAAAGUACUGCGGAGACCAACGCGACACGCUAAAAAGUACUACCUCAAGGGACACACGGAGACAAACAGAAAGCAGAAAGCGGAUGAUAUAGAUAGCAACCCAAGGUCCUCCACCAGAGAAGGUUUGCUGGAAUGGGUAACCUGCUAAAAGUCCUAACAAGGGAUAUAGAGAACUAUCCACACUUUUUCCUGGACUUUGAAAAUGCACAGCCGACAGAAGGAGAGCGUGAGGUGUGGAACCAGGUGAACGCGGUCCUCCAGGACUCUGAGAACAUCCUGUCUGGCCUGCAGGCGUACAAAGGAGCCGGCCAGGAGAUCAGAGAUGCAAUUCAAAACCCUAAUGACUUCAUGCUGCAGGAGCGAGCCUGGAACUCAGUCUGCCCGCUGGUCAUCAAACUCAAGAAAUUCUACAGUUUCUCUCUCAGACUAGAGGAGGCUUUGCAGAGUUUGCUGGAGUCCCUGACAUGUCCGCCCUUCACACCCACUCAGCACCUGGAGCGAGAGCAGGCGCUGGCCAAACAGUUUGCUGAGAUCCUCCACUUCACUCUGCGCUUUGAUGAGCUCAAGAUGAGAAUUCCUGCCAUCCAGAAUGACUUCAGCUACUACAGAAGAACCAUCAGCCGAAACCGGAUAAACAACAUGAACUUGGAUAUUGAGAGUGAAGUCAACAACGAGAUGGCCAACAGGAUGUCUCUGUUCUACGCUGAGGCUACGCCCAUGCUGAAAACACUCAGCAACGCAACCACAAACUUCGUGACAGAGAACAAGACUCUUCCACUGGAGAACACAACAGAUUGUCUCAGCACCAUGGCCAGCGUCUGUAAAGUCAUGCUGGAGACACCGGAAUAUUCGAGUCGUUUCAGCAGCGAGGACACGCUCUUGUUUUGCAUGAGGGUCAUGGUCGGAGUCAUUAUCCUUUAUGAUCAUGUUCACCCCAAUGGCGCCUUCAACAAGUCCUCCAAGAUAGACAUGAAGGGCUGCAUAAAAGUCCUGAAGGACCAGCCGGCAGACAACGUAGAAGGCCUGCUGAAUGCCCUCAAAUUCACCACAAAACACCUGAACGACGAGUCCACUCCGAAGAACAUCCGGACGAUGCUCCAGUAACGUUCGUUCUUUUUUUAUAUAAACAGAUAUGAAGAGGAUCAAUGCUCUGACCUCAGUAAGAUGUAAAUGUUUACAUUAUUUAAAAAGACUCGGUGUUAAUACUUGUGUGUAUUUGCAUAGUCAUUCCCUCCAAGCUAUUGAAACCUUCAGAACAUGUACCUUCUACUUUGAAAAAAAACAAAAUGAAAUCACAUCACAUGAAUUGCCUCUACUGUUCAAGCUGUCAAAGCACAAGUGACGGAAACCUUCAGCCUUAUGUAUCUGAGCUUUGCAAGCAGCACUUGGAAAAAAUGUUCUUGAACGAAUCUCCUCAAUCUUUUAUUUGACAAUGGAAUAAGUGUAGUGUACAGCUUUUAUUCGAAUUCAACUUGGUUUUUGAAGCUAAACAAAUCUUUCUUUGAACGUUUUAAAUUGUGACAGGUUCUCGUUGAUAUCACAGUGGCGGAUUUUGUGUCAGCAUGUAUGAAACAAGUGAAGUUUUUUCAUUCUUUUGAUCUACAAAGAAUGAGAUGUAAGGACAGAAUAUGAACUCAAUCAAUGUUGUGUUGCAGUGAAGGGCUGAAUAUUGACAGCAGAUAAGGGAUUGAUUGGUUCGAUGUAAGUAUUGCUAAAAGCUUUAGGGUGUGUUCUCUUUUUAUAGUCCACUGUUGUAUUUGUCUUUUUUUUAACUCCAGUCUUGUGCAACUGUUGAAAUAAAUCCACUGUGAACAAGAAACUUA